CUCCCUGUAUCAUUUUUUUUUAAUAGGUUGCUGGAUCGAUGCUUCAACAGAUAUAAAAUGGCUUGUGUGAAAAUUUACUUGUGUUCCAACCCUUAUGACUCCAUGACAGAAAGAAAGCUGCUGAGAGAGCAUACGUUCCCAAAAAUAAGGGACCACUGCAGACGUACUCAUGGAAUAGAUUUCAGGGUUAUUGACCCUUAUGAAGAAACGAACCCAGAUAAGUGGCCAACACAGCAGGUGCGAUUGCAAUUAAUCGAGGAGUGUCGGAAGAAUUCGCUGGGCCCUUUCUUUGUGAGCCUGGUGGGGGCACAAUAUGGUGCUCCAUGUUUCCCAGAGCAGGUGGAGCUUUCUGAGUUCCUCACAGUGAUGCGGGUUUGCCAGGAGAUGGGAUUCAGCACUGAAGUCCUAGAGAAAUGCUACAGAAGGGAUGAGAACACAAUACCCCCAUCGUUCUGCCUGCUCAGUCAACAUGAGCAUCGUAAAUAUAAAUCCCAGCCAGGGCAAAAGAUUGACAAGAAUGGUUGGGAUGAUGGACUUGCAAAAGUAAGGAAGAUCCUAAAUCAUGUUAUCCCUCAGUGUGUUCUAGAGAGCAGCAUUGAGCAAGAAAAUGCUCAGAAAUAUUUUAGAUCAGGGCUUGAGAAUGACCUCCGUUUUGCACUGGAUGGCCAAUCUGGUGCCGAUAUCAAAAGGUGUCUUUGUUAUGUUUAUAAAACUGAAAAUAAGGCUGACCAGAGGAAGAAAAGGAAUGAACCACAUUCAGAGAACCAAGAUCAAUUGCUCCGACUGUCAAAGCUCUGUGAUCAUUUUCUACCAAACCUGGUUAGAACCCACCAGGCCCUGAUAUACACCAACACAAACCAUGUGAGUGAGUGCGACAAUAAACAGAGUUAUGCUGAGGAGCUGUGCCACCAGCUUUAUUCAGAUCUUAUAGGUCUGAUAGACCAAUCUGUUGUACAGGAGAGAGAUCGAAUCCAUGAUUCUUUCUCACAGCAAAGAAAUCUUUGUCACAUCCUUUCCACACGAUACAGAAUUGCCCGUCUAGAGGUCAACCACAUAAAAGCUUACUUGGACCAAGACACAGAAUUUCCAUUUAUACUAAUUGGUGGGCCGUGUACAGGAAAAAGUGUACUUUUGGCCUACUGUGCAAGUCAGAUUCAAACAUGGGUGAAGGACCAGAACCCUGUGGUUAUUACAUACUUUGUAGAUUUUAAUAGCUCUUUGAAGCAAAUUCUCAGUUCGCUGUGCCAGCAACUUGCUUCAUACCAAAGUCAACAGAUCAACACCUGUCUCAAAGACAUCUCUGAAUUGACAAAAACGUUCACCAACCUCCUAAACAUUAAUUCACACUCUGCAAACCAUCUCAUCCUCAUUAUAGAUGGGCUUGACCAAAUACCUGAUACACACAGACCCUUGGACAUAACCUGGCUGCCCAAGAAAUUACCUUCUAAUGUUAAGCUCCUAAUCUCCUCUACACCAACAAAGUCUGGGUUUCUCUCUGCUAUAAAGACACAUUACCCAGAAUCCUCACUGUUUUUUGACCUUCAGCCUGUAAAUAGUAAGAGCUGCAACCAGAUGCUGGCAAAUCUCCUUUUGGCAUGUAAAAGAAAGAUAACAUCAGGUCAACAGAUGUACAUAAAUCAAGCUUUUAAAAAAUGUGAUCUCCCAUUGUAUGUGGAACUUCUCUACAGUCAGGUCUGUGACUGGGGUUCAGAUGUAGACAUCACACCCGACAUGGUUGUCCCAGGGGUUCACACAAAUAUUAAUCGUUUUUUUGACCACCUCCAGGAAAAACAUGGAAAAGUAAUAGUUGCCAAAAGCCUAGAAUAUCUUACCUUGUCUAGGUUUGGUUUGACAGAGGCUGAACUGACUGAUGUUCUAUCUUGUGAUGAUGAGGUUCUACUAUCAUUCCUUCCAGCAAUGGACAAUGCACCAUAUAGAUUAAGAGUUCCUGAGGUUGCGGUAGAGAGGUUACUGUUAGACCUGAGAGGGUUUCUGAAGUCACAAAACAUAUUAGGCAAGCAAACUCUGUUCUGGGUCAGCAGACACUUUAUCUUAGUCAUUAAUAAGAGGUACCUGGGCUUAGCCAAUCAACAGAAAAUCCACUCUUUUAUAGCAAGUUAUUUCAGUGGACGGUGGGCAUGCGGCAUUGCUAAGCCAUUGCUCAUUGCUUCAAGUCCUAGCCAAAAUGCCACACCAGUAAAGAUUUAUGCUGACAGGCAAGUUCCUGGUCAACCAUGGACAUUUCAGCCUGUUAUGUCUAACGUGACUAUGUUUGGUUCAACUGAGUGUGCACAUCCUAAUCUAAGGAAAUUGCAGGAACUGCCUUUCCACUUACUGGAGAGUGAAAAUAUUGAGGAGCUUGUUAAAGUGAUGAUGUCACAAGAGUUCCUUAACGCAAUGUUCUGUCCAAUGUUAGCAGAUGACUUAAUAUUCUGGCUAGAAACGACAUCUCAAAUUGUGUUUUCUAGCGAACUCAGGCUUUUAAUUUCGAUACUAAAAAGUUCAGCCUGUUUGCUAAAAAAAAGCCCUGCUGAACUGGAUUUGGUAAUGCAGUCCAAGCUCUUCCCCUUCUUUGAUGUCUUUCCUAAAUUAAAGGAAUCUGUCAAUCAGGCAGGACAUGAUGGUAGAAUGGGAAGAUUUGGGGUAAAUAUGGUGUUAUGUCCCACACCAUCUGUGCCUGCCAUGCACUGGGAACUGCCAGCAGCUAAGGUGUCACCAAUUACAAAAGCAGGUGUAUCUCAGUCUGGCUGUGUGCUAAUAAUUCAGAGCAAUGGAUCUGCUUGGGUCUGGAAUGGAAGUAAUUCAGAAGGUUACAAAAUCCCCUAUUUAGCUGAACUACAGUUUACAGAUGUCAAAUGUUCUGCAAAUGUAUUUAUUCUCUCCACAGAGAGCGGCACCCUCUUAGCACUGGACCUUAAUGCUCCACUGUACCUCCAGCAACUUGAAAUCAGACACACGGAUCAAGCACCAAAGGGCAUUGAGGGUGUAUUGAUGUCUAAUGGCAAGACAUUUGUACUCUUAAAAGAAAGCAAUUAUGUCAGUGUGUUUGAUGAGGGGACAGAAAUUGCACCAAUCCUCUGCUCCAAUGUCAUAACAUGCAUGUCUUCUUAUGAUGGUCACAUGAUUUAUUGCGGACAGAUCGAGGGAACUGUCAGUAUAUUUGACUCCCAUAGUGGUAUUUUUUUGGCCUCAUUUGUUUGUUCAUUAGGCACAGCUUUGUGUGACCUCAUCCUUCAUAAGAACGAAGCAACAAUAACAUGUAUUGACUGCUCAGGAAGCGUGUUUUUAUGGGAUCUCAAGGAUAUUUGCAAGCCUGUGUUUAUUACAGUGAGGCUAAGCUGCAACAAGAAAGAGGUGUUAAAUGUAGACCAUGUAGAAAGUACUCUUCUCAUCUGUAAAAGACAACAGGUUCAAGUAAUUCAAGGACAGCUGCUAGCUGUUGAAGAGAAUUUGAAUGCACCUAGGGGUAAAACCUUUGUACAAGCAAUUCUGGAUAAUGAUGCACACUUCAUCAUUGCUUUGUUGGGAAACUGCCCAUUUCUUUUGGUUUGGAAUUGGGUCUCAGGUCAAUGUUUGUUAAACCUUGACAUUAGAAGUAGCCAAGCUUUCAAACUUGUAAAGUUCAGCGAUACUUACCUCACAGCAGUGGCAAGCACAGGCAUCAUGAGUUGGGACAUGGAUCUCAUUUCUGUAGCAGCCUCUACUCCGAAAUCUGGUCAGAAAGUAGUGAAAAUCAUUGUAGAAACAGAUGGGGAGCUCUUUUACACCACAGAUGGAUCUGAGCUGGUGUGGAAGUGGGCAAUGUUGGGUGGGAAAGUGAAGAGCCACUUCCUUCAUCAUGGCCCUGUAGAGAGCUUGACUCUUUCAGCAGACAAUGUUUACAUGGUCACGUUUGCUUCUGGUGAUAUCUAUGUUUGGAACACGAAUACACAUGAGAACAUUCACCGAAUCCAUGGCAGCCAAGCAUCCCGCAUACUGAUAACGCCAAAAGGUAGUUUUGCAGUGUCACUAUCAGAAACAGGUCCAUCAAAGGUUUGGAAGUUGUGCAAUGGACAUGUAAUUUGUACCAUUCGUCACCAUCUCAAAGAUGCUGUCAUUACUCCAGAAAGCACUUUCCUUCUAGGAAUCAAUAAAGGGGAUCUACUUGCUGUCAGUCUCUGGUCUGGUUAUGUCAGCAAACGGUUCUCUUGUCCUGAUUGGACAGAUGUUGCUGCCUUCCACACUGUGUCAGACCAUCCAGACUUUGUGAUUAUAAUGACCAGUUCUGGAGCUUUGUACUCAUGGAGACUAACAGAAGAUACCAUUUGUCACCAAUUCCAGUUUCCAGAGCAUUUUAAGUAUCCACAGCAAUUCUUUAAGCUCUCAUCAGAUGGACAUUAUGGCAUCAUGUCAGUAGAUGGAUCAAAGAUAAACAUUUUGGAUGUUUGCCAAGGAAAACUGUGCUCUUUAAAUGCUGAAGGACCAGUUUGCCACCCAUUUGUAGACAUUUUGGGUAAACAUGCAGUAUAUAUCUGUAGCCCAUUAAUAAGCUGUCAAAAUGACUUUUGUGACCUCCAUACCAAGCAGAUCUUGGUUAUUGUACGAAUAACAGAUGGGAAGAUGGUGGGCAAUUUCUACUUAUGUAAGAAUGCUACUGCUCUAACACCAUCUGAGAACUUGCUUGUGUAUAUUGGCUUUGAGGAUGGUGCUGUCGGAGUGUAUGCCAUUAAUGACCCAGAAGUAGGUUGCACUAAUGAGAAUAGUAAAUACCAGGGCACUGAACUCAUGUGCCCGUUUGAUGAACCUGUGGUUUGGUUGCCGUUGGCCAACCCUAAUCUUACUUGGGCUGAAUUAUGCGUUUAAUACAUUUAUCUUAUUAACUAUGUUAGACUUUUGAGAAAUGCAUGUGCCUGUAUUUCAUAUGAUAACAUUUCGUCCUUUGAAGUAAAUGUGUUUAUAACAUUUCAGAUUGAUUUUCUAAUAUAGCAUGGCGAUUCUUAUCCACAGCCAACUGUAAAUAUGUGUCUCUUUGUUACCUAUAGGAUGGUGAAAUGGGUAAUGUUCCUAGGGGCCACUAUAACAUAAUUUUU